GUUUUCCAGAAGCACAGAAAGGGGCGAGCGGAGCAGAGGAGUUUACGAAUUGCCGUUAUCCAUUUCGGUUUUCUCUCUCUUAAUCUCUCAAAGAUUUUUACCAAAUUUUAGGGUUUUUCUGCAAAUCUUUGGAAUUUUGAAUCCAUCCGUCGAGAAAGAACAAUGGUUUCCGAUUCGAUCGCCAGAGCCUCCGACCAUGCAGUCCCAAACAACGGCGGCAGGGAUUUGGGGAAGAAGAAGAGGGCCAGGUCUGCCAAAUUGAAGCAGUGCAAGCUCGAUGUUCGUCGGGAGCAAUGGCUUUCUCAAGGGGCUAUGAAGAACAAGGAUUGCAAGGAGGAACAGAACAUCGUCGUUAAAGCAGGCAAAGAGCGGAAUAACAACGGCUCAUUUGGUAAUCUGGAGAUGAGGCCCAGAGGUGGACAGAUUGAUGGAUCCAUCCACCAUCACCACCACCACCAUGACAGCGAUAUGGAGUCGAACAGUCCGAACAGUUUGACAAGUAGUGUCUUGGGUAGCAACUAUUCCGAGACUACCUUUACUAGCAGCAGCAGUAGUAGCAGCGGUGGCUGUUGCUCUGGAAAUAUCACAGAGGAUGAGGAAGGUGGUGGCGAUGAUGGAUGCUUGGACGAUUGGGAAGCGGUGGCUGACGCCUUAGCUGCGGAUGAGAAACCAAAAAGUCCAUGUCCAGAAUCGCCCCCAGAGCAUGAACCAAUUGCCCAAACGGUUUUUCCUCAGGAAACGACUAUUGGGUCUGAUCGGGUCGAGAAUUCAAACCCUCCAUACAGCACAGUUAUCCCUAAAGCUUCAGGGAAUGGCCAUGCUUGGAGGCCUGACGAUGCAUUUCGGCCUCAGAGUCUGCCCAAUUUGGCUAAGCAGCUUAGCUUGCCGAAUUCAAACCGGAAACAUUACAGUUGUGGUGGUGUUCCUUGGGCCUAUAACGGUGUUGUGCCUUCCUCAUGUCCUAUAUGCUAUGAAGAUUUGGAUUUCACAGACACGAGCUUUUUGCCUUGCUUGUGCGGAUUCCGGCUCUGCCUUUUCUGCCACAAUAGGAUUAUGGAGGAGGAUGGUCGCUGUCCCGGCUGCAGGAAGCCAUACGAGCAUGAGCCUGUUGAGGCAGAGACAAGUGUGCAUGGAGGAAGUCUCACAUUUCGGCUGCCUCGUUCUUGUAGCAUGAUCACAAGGUCCUAAGGAGAGCUUCUGCUUUUCCUGAGAUAUGUAUGCUGGUCUCUGGUUUUUUGUUUCAUGUGUUUUGCGUGUUCUACAGUCUUAGUAUUUGAUUUCGCUAGUUAGAUGUGGGUAUAGGGUUUUGAGCGCCCGGAAUUGACCUGCUUCUAUUUUGAGUUGGUUCUUAUCUGUAUGGUGCAUUUGCUGAUGUAGAGAACUCAGUGACUCAGUGUCUUAUGUGAAUAGAUAAGGUGGUAUAGAAAUUCAAUACAUGAUACCAUUAUACUCUGGUA